GCAGCUCUUUUUUCGAGGUGAAGAUAAAGACGGAGAAGAAGACACCUAUGUGAGGGGUUGAUCAGCAGUGCAAGGAGGAGGAAAUCCCUACAGAUAUCAGCACAGAAGAAAUAUAUCGCAAGAAUAUCUAAUUUAAUCUCCAGACUGUGAAAUAAAUUCACCAGACGAGAUUCUCCAGAAGAAAUCCCUGUGCUUUAAUUAGCCAUCCAGCUCUCCAGCAUACAGUUAUGUCAUCUGAACCUUCAGACAUGUCAUGUUCUCCUGAUAACGCCGAUAUCGGCACAGGUCUUGGAGUAGAUUGUUUAUUUCCCGAUAAUAGGGAAGCCACGUGUUCUACACAGAGCACAAAGGUUAUUGGCCAUCAACCAGCUAAUAGAAGCAAGAAGUCAUUAUCAUGUUCUGAGUGUGAAAAAUGUUUUAAAACCAAAUCCAUUCUUGUGGCACAUCAAAGAAUUCACACAGGUGUGAUGCCAUUUUCAUGUUCCGAGUGUGAGAAAGGAUUUAGAGACAAAUCAACUCUUGUUAUACAUAAGAGAACUCACACAGGUGAGAAACCAUAUUCAUGUACUGAGUGUGGGAAAUGUUUUACACAGAAAUCACUUCUUGUUGUACAUGAGAGAAAUCACACAGGUGAGAAGCCUUUUCGAUGCUCUGAGUGUGGAAUAUGUUUUACUGCCAAGUCAUUUCUUCUUAAACAUCAAAAAGUUCACACAGGUGUGAAGCCAUAUUCAUGUGCCGAGUGUGGAAAAUGUUUUGCAGACAGAACUACUCUUUGUACGCACGAGAGAAUUCACACAGGCGAGAUGCCAUUUUCAUGUACCGAAUGUGGGAAAAGUUUUAGACAUAAGUCAGGUCUUAUUGGACAUGAGAGAAUUCACACAGGUGAGAAACCAUAUUCAUGUGCUGAGUGUGGGAAAUGUUUUACACAGAAAUCACUUCUUGUUGUACAUGAGAGAAAUCACACAGGUGAGAAGCCAUUUCGAUGCUCUGAGUGUGGAAUAUGUUUUACUGACAAGUCAGUUCUUCUUAAACAUCAAACAGUUCACACAGGUGAGAAGCCAUUUUCAUGUCCUGAGUGUGGUAAAUGUUUUAGAGACAAAUCAGGGCUUGUUAAACAUGAGAGAACUCACACGGGUGAGAAGCCAUUUUCAUGCUCUGAGUGUAUGAAAUGUUUUACACAGAAAGCACAUCUUGCUAUACAUAAGAGAAGUCACACAGGAGAGAGGCCAUUUUCAUGUUCUGAGUGUGGGAAAUGUUUUAAUCAUAAAUCACAUCUUGCUGUACAUGAGAGAAGUCACACAGGUCAGCAGCCAUUUUCAUGUUCUGAGUGUGGGAAAUGUUGCAGCGACAAAUCAGCUCUUAUUUUACAUGCAAGACUUCACACCGGUGAGAAACCAUUUUCAUGUACUGAGUGUGAUAAAUGUUUUAGAGACAAAUCACAUCUUCGUAAACAUGAGAGACUUCACACAGGAGAGAAAUUAUUUUCAUGUUCUGAGUGUGGGAAAAGUGCAAGAGACAAAUCAGAUCUGGAUAGACAUAUGAAAUAUCACACGGGUGAGAAGCCAUUUCCAUGCUCUGAGUGUGGGAAAUGUUUUGCAACAAAAUCAGAAGUUGUUGCGCAUCAGAGAAGUCACACAGGUGAGAAGCGAUUUUCAUGUGCUAAGUGUGAGAAAUGUUUAACAAGUAAAAUAGCUCUUGUUAUACAUGAGAGACUUCACACAGGUGAGAGGCCAUUUUCAUGUUCUGAGUGUGAGAAAUGUUUUAGAGACAAAUCACAUCUUCUUAUACAUAAGAGAACUCAUACGGGCGAGAAACCAUUUGCAUGUGCUGAGUGUGGGAAAUGUUUUACAGAGAAAUCAACACUCACUAAACAUAAGAGAAUUCACACAGGUGAAAAGCCAUAUUCAUGUGCCGAGUGUGGGAAAUGUUUUGCAGACAGAGCUACUCUUUGUACGCACGAGAGAAUUCACACAGGUGAGAGGCCAUUUUCAUGUACCGAAUGUGGGAAAAGUUUUAGACAUAAGUCAGGUCUUAUUGGACAUGAGAGACUUCACACAGGUGAGAAACCAUAUUCAUGUGCUGAGUGUGGGAAAUGUUUUUCAGUGAAAAAUACUCUUAAUUCACACAAGAGAAUUCACACAGGUGAGAAGCCAUUCCCAUGUGCUGAGUGUGGGAAAUGUUUUACACAAAAAUCAUCGCUUUCUCUACAUGAGAAAAUUCAUACAGGAGAGAAGCCAUUUUCAUGUGCCAAAUGUGGGAAAGGUUUUAGACAGAGAGCUUAUCUUGUUAAACAUGAGAAAAGUCACACCGGUGUGAAGUCGUUAUGAUGCGCUGAGAGAAGUUCAAUCUUGUGAAACAUUCACACGCAUCUAA